UGCGCAGCUGCACUGGGGCCUCAGUCGCCACGGUAACAGGCGCUGAGCAGGUGUGUCACCAUGCGCGCCCGGGUCGCGCGGGCCGCUUGGGCCUGGGGCUGCAGUGUCUGCUGCCGCCGCGGCGUCUCUAACUUCCCAAUACCUCCGCCGAGCGCGGUGGACGUGGCAGAGCUGCUACGAGGCGCGACGACCGCGGAGGAGCAGCCCUCGGCGGCGGCGGCGCGGCGAGCGCCCGGCCAGUGCUCGGUGCUGCUCUUCCCGGGCCAGGGCAGCCAAGUGGUGGGCAUGGGCCGCGGUCUGCUCGGCUACCCGCGCGUCCGCGAGCUCUACGACGCCGCGCAGCGCGUGCUGGGCUACGACCUGCUGGAGCUGAGCCUGCACGGGCCGCAGGAGGACCUGGACCGCACGGUGCACUGCCAGCCCGCUGUCUUCGUGGCUUCGCUGGCCGCUGUCGAGAAGCUCCAUCACCUGCAACCCGCGGUUAUUGAAAAUUGUAUUGCUGCUGCUGGAUUUAGUGUGGGAGAAUUUGCAGCCCUAGUGUUUGCUGGAGCUAUGGAAUUUUCUGAAGGUCUGUAUGCAGUGAAAGUUCGAGCUGAGGCCAUGCAGGAAGCUUCAGAAGCUGUUCCCAGUGGGAUGUUAUCUGUCCUCGGCCAGCCUCGGUCCAAGUUCAACUUUGCCUGUUUGGAAGCCCAGAAGCACUGCAAGUCAUUGGGCAUAGAGAGUCCUGUGUGUGAGGUGGCCAGCUAUCUCUUUCCUGAUUGCAGGGUGAUUUCAGGACACCUAGAGGCUCUGCGGUUUCUCCAGAAGAAUUCCUCCAGGUACCACUUCAGACGCACCAAGAUGCUGCCUGUGAGCGGCGGCUUCCACACCCGCCUCAUGGAGCCCGCUGUGCAGCCCCUGGCACAGGUUUUAAAGACAGUGGCCAUCAGGAAGCCGCUGGUGGCCGUCUACUCUAACGUCAGUGGGAGCAGGUACCUC